AUGAUAUGGUUAACUCUACUAUGGAUUUCAUAGGGAUAUAUAAUUUUUGAAGAGAGUACAUUUAGAUCAUUUAGUGUAAUAAACAAAGGAUUUAUUUGUUUUAAAAAUUAUGAAAGGACUUAAAAUGUAAAUUUUAAGGAUUCUUUUCGAAAUAUCCCAAAAAUAAUUUUAAUACCUGAAUAAUUUGAUAUUCCAACUUAAUCAGUUGAUUAUUCCUUAGAAAUUUUGGCUGUCACAGAAAAAUGUAAUAAAGAAAUAUAAUUAGAUUUUACACUGAAAAUUAAAUGUUCGGAUGGAAUAGUGAAUGGAAUUCUAUAUCGAUGGCUUGCAAUCGAUGAUUAAAGAAUAACAGUGAUUAGCUAAUUUAACAUCAAAGAUUUUCAAGAAAAAACCUUUGAAUUUGAGAAUGCUAAUACUCAAAUAUAUUUUUUAUCUCUAAUCUCUGUAUCAUACAUAGGAAUCGUGGAUUUUCAAGUUUAGGUAAUAUUCAAGAGAUAGUAAGGUUUCUGGAAUAACAUAAGAUAAAGUCUCAGUUAUGAUCACGAGUCUUGAUGGAUAACUGUCUAACAUACUAUCAUUUGGAUAUUAGAUUGUCUUAGGAACAGAAGACAUUUUAUAACCUUUGGGGUUAAAACAAACAGAUUCCUUAAAAGCAUUUAUUAGCUAAUAGUAUCCUUUGAAAUCAGAAUCUUCGUUUUUAAUCCCUUUAAAAGGACUUUAUUAUGAUUCAAUGAAUUUAUUGAAGUUUAGGAAAAUCUAUCAUUUUGAUGAGAGUUUCUAAUGGUAUGAAUUUACAGCAAGUAGAUUUUAUGCUUUAUUUAGUCGGAUGUUGUUGUUAUGUAGCUUAAAUUCAUGAGCCUGUUUUGAUAAAUUAUAUGUCUACUUUUUAAUUUACACCUUUCAUUUUUGGCCAGGUUGAAAUUAAGUAAGUAGUUGAUAGCAAAAUUAAUUAUAUAAACUCUUUUUAAGCUUAAAUUUAAGGGAAUAGUCAUCUUAUUACAAAUUUAGGAGAGACAAAACAUAGAAUUCACAAAGACAAUAAAUUCAUCUAUAUAUCAAUAAAUGUAAAAUGUAAUUCAAAUGAAAUUCUCUUAUUAGAAUUUUAUUAUGGUUCAAAUCCUUAUAUUGAUACUAAGUAUUUUAAGCACAAGUGUAAUGGAAUUUUCAAAGAGAUAUUUUAUACUGUAUAACUUGUACCAACAGUUACUGCCUAUUAAUACCUAAUAAUAAACAUAGCAGAGGAAAAAUUUGAAAUUUCUCAAAUACUUUACAACCAAUAAUUAUAAAGAUUUAAAUUAUUUGAAAUCAAGAAAACAAUACUGUGA